AUGGGCGCCGCCGCGUGGGCACUGCCGCCCCUGCUGCUGCGUGAGUUUCUCCUGCUGCUGCUUCUGCCGCUCCCGGGGCUGGCCGCGGGCUCCUGGGACCCGGCUGGUUACCUGCUCUACUGCCCCUGCAUGGGGCGCUUUGGGAACCAGGCUGAUCACUUCUUGGGCUCCUUGGCCUUUGCACAGCGCACCUUGGCUGUUCCUCCUUGGAUCGAGUACCAGCAUCACAAGCCUCCCUUCACCAACCUCCAUGUGCCCUACCAGAAGUACUUUAAGCUAGAGCCCCUCCAGGCUUACCAUCGAGUCAUCAGCCUGGAGGACUUCAUGGAGAAGCUGGCACCCACCCACUGGCCCCCCGAGAAGCGGGUUGCCUACUGCUUUGAGGUGGCAGCCCAGCGAAGUCCCGAUAAGAAGACGUGUCCCAUGAAGGAAGGAAACCCCUUUGGCCCAUUCUGGGAUCAGUUUCAUGUGAGUUUCAAUAAGUCAGAGCUUUUUUCAGGCAUUUCCUUCAGCGCCUCCUACAAAGAACAGUGGAUCCAGAGAUUUUCUCCAAAGGAGCAUCCAGUGCUUGCCCUACCGGGGGCCCCAGCCCAGUUCCCUGUCCUGGAGGAACACAGACCACUCCAGAAGUACAUGGUAUGGUCAGACGAGAUGGUGAGGACGGGAGACGCCCAGAUCCGCGCCCACCUUGUCCGGCCUUACGUGGGCAUCCAUCUGCGCAUUGGCUCCGACUGGAAGAAUGCCUGCGCCAUGCUGAAGGAUGGGACCGCAGGCUCACACUUCAUGGCCUCCCCGCAGUGCGUGGGCUACAGCCGCAGCACGGCUGCCCCUCUCACCCUGACGAUGUGCCUGCCUGACCUGAAGGAAAUCAGACGGGCCGUGAAGCUCUGGGUGCAGGCACUGAAUGCCCAGUCGGUCUAUAUCGCCACUGAUUCUGAGAGUUAUGAGCACGAGAUCCAGCAACUCUUCAAAGGGAAGGUGAAAGUGGUGAGCCUGAAGCCUGAGGUGGCCCAGAUCGACCUGUACAUCCUCGGCCAAGCCGACCACUUUAUUGGCAACUGUGUCUCCUCCUUCACCGCCUUUGUGAAGCGGGAGCGGGACCUGCAGGGGAAGCUGUCCUCUUUCUUUGGCAUGGACAAGCCCCCUCAGCUGCGGGACGAGUUCUGAUUCUGGCUGGAGCAUGAGCUGGUCCCUCUAGCCAGGCCUGGCAACCAAAGGCACUUCCAGGGUCACAGGCUCCUCUCCCAGAAUGCCUCCCUCCCCAGAAUCCAAGCACCUCUUCUUGCCUUCAGAGAUGGAGAAAAGUACCAGGGCCUCCCUGGAGAAGGGAGACACUGCACUUCCCGGGGCACAGGCCCACCAAGCUCCUAAAAGCCAGAGCAUCCCCCAUCUCAUGUGCUUCCUGCUGUUUCUCAUGGGAACCUGUCCCAUGGCAGAGCAGUCGAUCUCUGUCUUUUGCUCUGCCCUGCUCUUAGCAGCCCGGAAUGCUGAACUCUCUUCAGAGAGAUUUCUUCCAUAGAGAGAUUUUUAUAGUUUUGAUAUGAGAUCAUGACCACCUUAGAACUCACCUUCAUUUUGAAAUAUCAGUGAAAUCCAUUAAUAUAGGUUCACCUAAAGUGACCUUAACUAAAUGUGCAUGAGGCCAAGGCUAGGGUGGGUCUUUUGGCUACUUUUCCGGAUGUCCCCCAAAAGUGACCUUCAUUCCUAUCCCUACUUCCUGGUCAGAGACAUCAUUGUCCCCUACUUCCUGGGCCAGUUCUGGGGUUUGGGACAUCAACACUCUCCACCAUGAAAAUUACGCAGAUGGAGCAAGUGAUCCGUCACGGGCCAUGCAGCGAUCUGAGGGCAGCUGUGUGCACGGUUCCUGGCGAGGCGUACAUGCCAUCAGCCAGACCACCAUGGUGUUGCUUUCAGUCUUCUGGUGGCUGGUAAACCAUGCAGACCUGGCACCUUCAGGUCCCAGGAGGCAGCACUGGGGGCCAGGGCUUCCAUGCAUGGUAGGAUCCCUCUGAAACUCCCCUGCUGAUCUCUUGCCAGAAGGGCCUGCUUGGUAGGAUUUUGUUAGGUUGGAAUCCAAAGCCUGUUCUCGCUCCUGUAGCUGCAGCCCUCAGAGCACAUUCCCGCAGGGGAGUAUCUGCUGUAACUACACAGACGAUGCCCAGGACCCAGCAGCCGUCAGAAUCCCCACUUCGGAAACCCCAUCCCAUCCGGUUGUCUCCGCCAGUGCCAUGAGGCUUAAGGUGUUACACGUCAUAAGUUCUUUGUCUCUCAGAUGCUGCUGUUGUAAUGAUCCAUGACUCACACCUGAGAGCCUAUGAGUUUUUAAAUCUUGCCAGAGGGCGCAUGCUCUGGAAGAGCAGAAGAGACAAAGUGAGAACACACCUCAUGGGGGUUCGUGGCACCACAAUCCCUUCUCCAUUUCUCCUUCCACUUGGGAUUUGGGGCACAUGCACAUGUGUGCAGCGUGUUUCUCAUGCGACCAGGUCCCCGACUCAAACUGGACAGUCGACCAUGUGAGAUCCAGCUGCCUUAAUCACCACACCACCGGCUGGCCCGAGCCUAUGAUUUUCAACCUUGUGGCUCUGAAAUGCCAUGUCUGACACCUGCAAAUCUCUUCCCUGCCACCUAAUCUCACUCAGCUUGUGAUCCUGGAAAGAGAGUAGAACCUCUGCUGAGAGCCAGGCCCAGAGCCCCACGCAGGAGCAUCUCCCUUGACUAUCUUUGGUUCAGAAAUGCUUUUUAUGUCGGGAACAGACUGGGGCAGAGGGCAGAGGGCAUCAAGGAUAUCAGUUGCCAAAGUCAGCAUUUGUUGCUUAGAGCUGCUGCCCUACUCUCAGUGGGAGGAACUGGACAGGAAGGGCUUUUGUAUUACUCUCUUGGAAAACAGUGAAGUGUUUUAUGUUCUGGGAGGACUCUGAGAGAUGGUUUAUCUGUCCAGACUUGCUCCCAGGGCUCAUGCAGAAAAAGCCCCAGACAAUCAAGCCCAUGCACCGCCUGCCUCUGUCCGGCUGUCGUGAGAGUGUGGCUCCCCGGCUGAUUGCAUUUCUGAUCCCAUUUGCUACCCACAGCCUUACACCAGGCGCAGGCUUCCGAGUCUGGGCUCCAGGGGGCCAUCCACAUCAUCUUGAUAGCUUGUGCUCUGGAGAGAGGGCGUGGGAGAGCUGGUCUGAUUCAGUUGUGUUUUGUAGACAAGCACUUUAUUCUUUGACCCAGUUUCCUCCCCUAUAAAAUGGUGAUAAAACCUGCGGGUUGCUGAAAGGCUCGAAUCAGCUAAAGCGUGUAAGAGCACAUUGUAAACGGGGACGAGACAAAGGCACAUGUGUGGCUGUUGAUUAAUUUGCUUGCCUGCCGUUGCACACCUCCUUCGGCUCGGGCACUGUGCUUGCUACGUGCUUUGUGGGCAUUCUCUUGUUCAGUCCCCACCCUAGCCUAGGAACUGUUAGGUUCCUUCUCUUUCUAGGCAAGAAAAAAUUCCUGCUUGGAGAAUUCUCAUCAUUUUCGCCAGGCCGCCCAGCUGGUGGUGGUAAGCUAAGAUUUGACUUCUCACAGCUAUAGUUCUGGUAGCCAGUGCGCUUCAGAACUUCCAGAUCCCUGUGGGUGCUUUACACCGUGCUGCGUGGGCCCCCUGAGAAAGAAGUCAACAGCCUCAGUUUCCACUGGGCACCUGCUGCGAUCUGCCAUUGCCAGGAUGUUUCAGAAGGGGAAAGAUCACCCCAAGAAACAAAGCCCACGUGAAGCUCACACUCUUCCUUAGUUAUUUAGUUGAACAUUCUUUCAUUCACCAGGUAGGUAUUGCUCACCCAUCGUGUGCAGGCUCUACGCCAGGUAUAAGGGCUUCAGCAGAGAAUCAAACACAGUCUUUGUUUCCGAGGAACUUGCCCUCUAGAGAGUGGACAACAAACGGACGAGACAGUGGGAGGUGUCGAUAAAGUGCUUCGAAGAAAACCAAGCAGUGUGGAGGUGGUUCUGGGUCAGAUAAGGAGCCCAGCCAAGGCCUCGCUGCAGAGCCGCUGUUAGGAGGAAAGGAGCGAGCACAGGUUCAGAUACCUGAAGGCAGCUUAUGCCCAGCAGGGGAAACAGCACCAACACCCCCUGGACCUUUAGAGCAGUGCGGCUGAGGUGACGCUCCUUCCGGGUGGAGGCUGACGUAAGGUCUAGACCUGGCCUUCAGUUGGAGAGAUGUGGGAAGCCUUAGAGUUUUAAACAGAAGAGGGCUGUAAUCUGAUUGACAUUUUCGAAGGAUGCUUUAGCUGGUGUGCAAGGCAAGGUUGGAGAGAGGAAGUGGGAAAUAGAGCAGCGUGGGGCUAUUCCAGGGGUGCAGGCGAGAGGCGAGGGGGCUCAGCUCCCCCUAGGCAAGCACUCAGUUUCCCUCUUCUCCAAAGAGGCAAAGCCCAUUGCAUUGAAGGUAGUGGGGAAUGGAUUAUGGACACACAACGUUGUUUUUAAAUUUCAGUUUCUUUUAAUGAUACACAUCUUUUUAUUGUUUUAAUCAUGCAGCGUAUACAGUGGAAUGCCCUGGGUUUUUAUUUUGGGUUUUUGCUUUCCAUUUGGUAGUCUAUCGUGUUUUCCCUGUUGGUACAUAAUCUGAAUAAUACUUUUAAUGACGUAAAAUGCCCUCGCGGGGUGUUCCACAGUUUAUUGUCUUCCUAUUAUGAGAACUUAGUGUUCCCAAUUUUUCACUAUUGCCGUUUGAAAAAUAUUUUUAUUUGUAAGGGUUUUUCUAUUUAAACAUUUUGUAAGAGAAAUUCCCAGAAUUAGAAUUGUUGUAUCAAAGGCUUAAAAGUAAAGCUUUUUUUUAUUAUGGAAAAAUUCAAAUAUACAUAAAAAUUUAGGUAAUAAAAUGAACUCGCAGUUUCAACAGUUAUCAA